CUUAAUCAAGAUAUUGAAGUAAAGCCUUACCAUUUUGAUCCAAUUUCGAGUUCAGAAUGUCUUUGUACUAUUGUCUUGGAAGCAGAUUUCUUGCAGAAGAAAAGCACUACUUUAGAGCCUUAUGAUACAGAUCAGAUGGCAAAGGAAUUUCUGCUGCAGUUCUCAGGUCAAGCUUUUACAGUUGGCCAACAGUUAGCAUUUAACUUUGUUGACAAGAAACUGCUGGGUUUGGUUGUCAAGAGUCUCGAAGCUGCUGAUCUGAGUGCUAUCAAAGCUGGUCUGGAUGCAAAACCUAAGAAAACUAAAAUGGGACGUUGCCUGGGAGAUACAAUGGUGCAGUUUGAGAAAGCUGAAAACUCAUCAUUAAAUCUUGUUGGAAAAGCGAAAGGGAAAGUACCUCGACAAUCCAUUAUCAAUCCAGACUGGGACUUUCAGAAAAUGGGAAUUGGUGGUUUGGACAAGGAAUUCAAUGCCAUCUUUAGGCGAGCUUUUGCAUCGCGUGUUUUUCCUCCUGAAAUUGUUGAGCAAUUAGAAAACUAA